UAUACACUUUCACAUUCUCUUAAUUUCUCGCUAAUGGAACUCCACGGUCUCAUCUCUAAUAUCUUUUACCUACUAUUUCUCUUCAUCAUCGCCGGCGAAAGCGUACAUGGGUUUCGACCAACAAAGUUAUUUGUAUUUGGGGAUUCGUAUUCAGACACAGGAAACAACCCAAAGUCAUUGGCAAGUUCAUGGAAAGCACCUUAUGGUCUUACUUUCCCCGGUAAGCCUGCCGGUAGAUACUCCGAUGGCCGUAUUCUCACCGACUACCUUGCCCGAUUUAUGGGGAUCAAGUCUCCAUUGCCAUAUCAGUGGAGAAAGUAUGGCCAAAACAAGUUGCGUUGUGGACUGAACUUUGCAUAUGGUGGAACCGGGGUGUUUGACACGGGUAAUUUGCAGCCAAACAUGACCACCCAGAUUGGGUAUCUUAAAGGGCUCAUUAAAGACUCAGUCUACACAAAACAGGAUUUGCAAUCAGCUUUGGCUCUUGUUACUGUCUCUGGCAAUGACUACAGUGCCUACACUUCUGCUGGUGGCUCGGAACAGGGUCUACCUUCAUUCAUUACAAGUGUUGUAAAUCAAAUGGAAAUAAACAUGAAGGCAAUUCACGAUUUGGGUGUACGACGAGUGUUGGUGGCUAUGUUACAACCUCUAGGUUGCCUGCCCCAACUCACCGUAUUAACUUCAUACCAACAAUGCAACGAAACCCAGAAUUCGGCAGUGGGCUUCCACAACCAGUUGUUGCAGCAGGCUGUGGCAAAACUGAACAAUAACACCAAGGAUUCAAGCUUUCAAAUGCUUGAUCUUUAUGACUCAUUCAACAAAGUACUUAAAAACAAAGGAGAUUUUACAGGGAGCUUAAAGUUUGAUACUCCAUUGAAGCCGUGUUGUGAGGCGACUACCAGUACUGCCUUUUGCGGAAGUGUUGAUCAAAAUGGAAAGCCGUUAUAUACAGUUUGUAAUGCACCCGACUCCAUGUUCUUCUGGGACACCGUACACCCAACACAAGCUGGAUGGCGUGCGGUGUAUUUAACUCUUAGGUCAUCAUUGAAUCAAAUUUACAUCUAGAAGGCUUUUUUGUAAUAUUUUUAAAAAUUUUCCUUUUGUUUUCACCUUCUUUUUUACUUUUUUGUUUAUGUAUUCAUCUCUUAGUAUAGGCGUUUCUCUGGUCCCAAUCUCCAGGGACCUUACGAUGUACCAUGUACGUUUCAUCAAUAUGUGUGUUUAGCUCUGUAAAAUUUAUUCAAUCUUAUUUUAGAAGAUGAAAUAAAUCAAAGAUCAGCUGGAGUUCAGAUUGUUCAUGAUA